GUGUACCAUUUGUCAUAUAUAUAUCCCAACAGGUUGUGGUUUUUGAUUAAUCUUGAGCCAAACCCUUUAGCCCUCUCUCUCUCUCUCUCUCUCUCUCUCCAAGCAUACGCAACAGAAAUUGCGUAUAGCUAGCCAUUGAAAAAGCUGCUGCAAAUGCAGCCAAGCUCUUUCAUCGCCCUCUCUCCAAGCUCCCCCAGCUUCAACUCUUAUUCUUCUGGGAAGCUUGCUGAGAUUGCAGCUAGAGUCACCCAAGAAUUCUCUAAUGAUGACUCUAACUGUUUCUCUUGGAAAACAAAGCAACAUUUCCCACCAUCAAUGCAAAAACGAGAAGACCACAAGAAACUCGGAGCCGACGACGACGAUGAAGAUGAUGAUGAUGACGAGGAAGAGUUCGAGUUUGCAAUUGUGUGUACAGAGCAGGACGCGUCGCCUAUUCCGGCUGAUGAGAUCUUCUAUAACGGACAGAUAAGGCCAAUCUAUCCUUUAUUUAACACCGAUUUGCUCAUGGAUGGAGAAGAAUUAUCCAAACCAGCAUCCACUGUCUCCGACCAAUCCCAAACCGCCAAACGCAACAGAUUACCGUUGAGGAAACUCUUCAGCGAAGAGCAAGAAACGACGUCUUGCUCCUCUUCGGAGGCCGACGACCUGGAAAACGUGCCGGCUGGGACUUACUGCGUGUGGACUCCAAAGAAGGGAAAGGAAUCCCCCGGAACGUGCAAGAAGAGCAGUUCCACUGGGUCUUCGAAGAGAUGGAAGUUUCGAGACUUGCUUUACAGAAGUAACAGCGAUGGAAAGGAUAACUUCGUGUUCUUGACGCCAGCAAAGAAGAGCAGCGAAAGAGUAAUGGAAGAUGAAGCUUGUAAAGAGAACAAAGAGAAAGAUAAGAUUAAAGAGCAUUACGCGAAGGGCAGAGCCCUCAAGGAGGAGGAUAAACGACGGUCCUUCCUGCCGUACAGGCAGGACUUGGUUGGGUUUUUAUCUAAUGUUAAUGGGUUGAACAGGAAUCUUCGACCAUUUUGAGAGGUGAAUUAUUAUUAUUAUUAUUAUUAUUAUUAUUAUUAUUAUUAUUUUGAGUAUUUUUUUUAGAGGGGGAAUUUAAUAUAUGAUUAUUAGUUUUUUCUUGGGUAAUGUAAUUAUUAAUUAUUAAAUAAAUGCAUAGUGUUAUUAUUAUAUAAUAAUUUUUCACACUAUAAUAAAUAUUCAUAUUUUAUA